AAAAGAAACGAGGGAGAUAAAGAGGAAGAAAAACGUAGCGAACCGAAUAAAACCGGUGACGGAGGCCCAAGAGCGCCCGCCCGCGCCACCCGCGCCACCCGCGUGCCCGCCCGUGCCGAGUCCGCCGUCUGCCGGGCCACGUGACGCGGCCAAGAUGGCCGACGGGAAGGACGGCUGUCCAGCAGGGCAGGCGCCGACGCCGGAGCCCGGGCCCGAGUCGGGAGAAGAGUUCGAGAUCGUGAACCGGAGCCAGCUACCGGGCGCGGGCGAGCUGCGGGGCACGGCGAGGCCGCGGCCGGCGGCCGAGGGCUGGUCGGUGCCCAUCCUGACCCUGGCGCGGAAGGCCACCGGCAACCUGUCGGCGAGCUACGGAGGCGCGCUGCGCACGGCCGCGGGCCUGGGCGGCGCGGACAGUGGCGCGGACGGCGCGGCCCGCGCAGCUUCCAAGUGCCAGAUGAUGGAGGAGCGUGCCAACCUGAUGCACAUGAUGAAACUCAGCAUCAAAGUCUUGCUCCAGUCUGCUCUGAGUCUGGGCCGCAGCCUGGAUGCAGACCAUGCCCCCUUGCAGCAGUUCUUCGUAGUGAUGGAGCACUGCCUCAAACAUGGGCUGAAAGUUAAGAAGAGUUUUAUUGGCCAAAAUAAAUCUUUCUUUGGGCCUUUGGAGCUGGUGGAGAAACUUUGUCCAGAAGCAUCAGAUAUAGCCACUAGUGUCAGAAAUCUGCCAGAGCUAAAGACAGCUGUGGGAAGAGGCAGAGCCUGGCUGUAUCUUGCACUCAUGCAAAAGAAACUGGCAGAUUAUCUGAAAGUGCUUAUAGACAGUAAACAUCUCUUAAGUGAGUUCUAUGAGCCCGAAGCGCUGAUGAUGGAGGAAGAAGGGAUGGUGAUCGUUGGUCUGCUGGUGGGCCUCAAUGUUCUUGAUGCCAAUCUCUGCUUAAAAGGAGAAGACUUGGAUUCUCAGGUAGAACAGGAAUUUGUACUCUACAUGGAAUGCCUGCUUUGGGCCAGGGAUUGAACGUAGAAUCUGCAG